AUGUUCUAAACCAUUGUUGUAAUGUUUCUCAUUUUAACAGUGAUUUGAUUUACUGCAGAGUCUCAGGUGUAUUCAAAAAUCUGGCUACAAAUAGACCGGUCAUACGUCAUGACGGUAGCAUGCUGAGUGUCUGAUAAAUUAAAGAGCUUACUGAUAGUUUACAGAUAUAUUUUUUUCUCUGGGUACCACCUGCAGUCAGUGAAAGCUUUUCAGUGUAAGAUAAAGGUGAAGUUGAAAGAGAGUUCUUAAUAUUAGUGUAAGGGAGAGAGAGGACAGGAAGGUUAUUUAGGAGUCACUAUUUCCCUGUCCAUCGUCCUCUUUCUUAACCCACCAGCCUCCACAUUAACGUAGAUGUAUUAGAAAAAAAACUGUUAGAGGUUGGGAGGAGUCUUUUUGGAUGUCUUUUUUUUUGGUGCUUUGUGGGCUGAAGCUCAAGGCAGAUAGAGCAAAAGAAAAGAAUAGUGGACCCUUCAAAUUGUCUGUCACUUUUUAUUCGAAAUAAGACACGGGAGACAGAAGAGAGAAAGCAGCACUCGCCUCCACUCCCCCUCCCAGCAAAUGGGAGAGGAAGUCUAAAUCAUGUUGCAUAUCAGUGCUGUUGUGCUGUGAUGUUGCUCAGACAGAGCCCGGCACAGAGCAGGCAGCCUUGUGGACCAGUCCUCAGACCCAGGAUCAGCCCAGCCUUCUCAGAACUGGAGACCCUCUCCCCACAACGUCCCUCACCUCCACCUCGUGCCCUCUCCAGUGACAUGUACCCUGAAGAGAGUCGGGGGUCUGGAGGGGUAGCCACCGUGGACUUCCUGGAAGGGACAUACGACUAUGCUGCCCCCACCCCUGCUCCGACUCCUCUUUACAGCCACUUUACCACUGGCUACUACUCUGCUCCUUUAGACGCCCACGGACCACCUUCAGAUGGCAGCCAGUCCCUGGGUAGUGGGCCUACCAGUCCUCUUGUGUUUGUGCCCUCCAGCCCCCGAUUCAGCCCCUUUGUCCACCCACCCAGCCACCACUAUUUUGAAACCUCAUCAACACCCAUUUACAGGUCCAGUGUCCCAUCCAGUCAGCAGUCUGUUUCCACGGAGGACCAGUACAACAACAGUGACGAGUCAUACAGUGUGGGGGAAUCAGGUGCUGGAGCCGGGGCUGGGGGGUUCGAGAUUGUCAAAGAGACGCGUUUCUGUGCCGUGUGCAGUGACUAUGCCUCUGGGUACCACUAUGGGGUGUGGUCCUGUGAGGGCUGCAAAGCUUUCUUUAAGAGGAGCAUCCAGGGUCACAAUGACUAUAUGUGCCCAGCAACCAAUCAGUGUACUAUUGACAGAAAUCGGAGGAAGAGCUGCCAGGCUUGCCGUCUUAGGAAGUGUUACGAAGUUGGCAUGAUGAAAGGAGGUGUGCGCAAGGACCGCGGGCGUGUGUUGCGGCGUGACAAACGACGGACUGGCACCAAUGACAGAGACAAGGCCUCUAAGGACCUGGCGCACAGGACAGUGCCCCCUCAAGAUGGGAGAAAACGCAGUAGUGCUUGUGGUGGAGGAGGAAAAUUACUGCUGACUAGCAUGUCUCCUGACCAGGUGCUCCUCCUUCUGCAGGGUGCCGAGCCCCCAAUUCUGUGCUCCCAUCAGAAGCUAAACCGACCGUAUACUGAGGUCACCAUGAUGACCCUGCUCACCAGCAUGGCUGAUAAGGAGCUGGUCCACAUGAUUGCAUGGGCCAAGAAGCUUCCAGGUUUCCUGCAGCUGGGCCUCCAUGACCAGGUACAGCUGCUGGAGAGCUCAUGGCUGGAGGUGCUGAUGAUCGGGCUCAUCUGGAGGUCUAUCCACUGCCCCGGCAAACUCAUCUUCGCACAGGACCUCAUACUGGACAGGAACGAAGGCGAUUGUGUCGAAGGCAUGGCUGAGAUCUUUGACAUGCUGCUAGCCACCGCUUCCCGCUUCCGCCUGCUCAAACUGAAGCCAGAGGAGUUUGUCUGUCUCAAAGCUAUUAUCUUGCUCAACUCUGGAGCCUUCUAUUUCUGCACCGGUACAAUGGAGCCCCUCCACGACACCGCGGCAGUGCAGAACAUGCUGGACACCAUCACAGACGCUCUCAUACAUCACAUCAGCCAGUCAGGAUGCUCAGUUCAGCAGCAGUCGAGACGGCAGGCACAGCUGCUCCUCCUGCUCUCCCACAUCAGGCACAUGAGCAACAAAGGCAUGGAGCAUCUCUACAGCAUUAAGUGCAAGAACAAAGUGCCUCUGUACGACCUGCUGCUGGAGAUGCUGGAUGCUCACCACGUCCAGCGGCCAGACAGACCCGAUCAGCCCUGGUCCCAGGCUGAUGGAGAGCUUCCCUCCACCAUCAGCAACAGCAGUGGCGGCGGCUCCUCCUCAGGUGGAUGCAGUUCAGGAGCCCGAGUGAGCCGUGAGAGCCCGUGCAGAGCCCCCACAGUCCUGCAGUACGGAGGGUCCCGCUCUGACUGCACCCGCAUCCUAUGAGACGGAGCACGGCAGGCAACAUGUGAAGGUCAAAAGUCAUUUUUAUGGGUGAUGCGUGUAAUACAGGAGGAGAGAGGUUUGGGGGGAAAAAAGAUAAAUGUUGUUGUUGAUUGAUUUCAUGAUAUAAUAAUUUAUAAAUGAAUUGAAUUUAGGGAGAGAGUUUUUCUUUGGACUACUCCCAAUUCACUACAAUCUGAGUUUUAAUGCAGUUACUCUUCUACGCUGUCUUCUAUGUGAUUUUAAGUCUGCUUUACAGUCCAGCUUAUUAUUAAAUAUUGACAACAUGGCAGGUGUUAGGUCACAUUGUGGCACUCUAUUAGUUUUCAAAUGACAAGCAGCUAAUUUUUUAUUUGUAUUUGCCUCGACCGAAGUGCACUUCCUCCGGGGU